UAGCCUUUGUGAGGUCUUCAAAGGCACCUCCAUGUACGACACUGCUGCAAGUGAAGACAAGGUCCUGCUGCUCCAGCAGCCUCAACCAGCCCACCAGACAAAGCUGGACGGGGCCUUUUUGGCCACAGCCUCUAGCGCCGGCUAUGCUUGCAGGAGCUGUCAGUCCAAAAGGACCCCCAAGUCCAAGAUCUGCCGCCUCAAGAUGGACUGAUUAUCUGCCUCUUGGAAAAAGAAUGCCUGGGACGCGCUUCAUUGCCUUUAAAGUUCCUCUUAGGAAGAGUUUUGAAUGGAGGCUUGCCCCAGAUGAGCGCUUCUCUCCCUCAGACCUUAUCACUCAAGUGAAAGAGCAAAAAGAGGAACUUGGUUUGAUCAUUGAUUUAACAUACACAACACGCUACUAUGAGCCAAUGGAGCUACCAGAAAUGCUACAAUAUUGUAAAAUUUUAACAGUUGGACAUGAAGUACCUAAUAAUGCUAUAGUUUCUAAAUUCAAAAGCGCUGUGAAAAAAUUCCUCAAAGAGAACCAGCAUAAUGACAAACUUAUUGGAGUCCACUGCACACAUGGCUUGAAUCGAACAGGUUACCUUGUUUGCAGAUACCUUAUUGAUGUUGAAGGAAUGGAUCCAAACAUGGCAAUAGAAUUGUUCAACAGAUGCAGGGGACAUUCUAUAGAGAGGAAGAACUAUAUUUCUGCUCUUCAGAAAACAUCUGGAACAAGGAACCAUCAUAUGGCUUGGAUGAAAGGGCAUGUUGGUCAUAUCCCAAAUCCUGAUUAUGAAGUUGCUGACUAUGAACCACAAAACUGGGAACACGCACCAAGGCAUUUUCCAUUUAGGAGAGGUGGACGAAACCAAAAAAGGAGACAUUCUCAAAUCUGGAACCAGAAUCUCAUCACCUGUUACAGUGAAGGGAACCAAGCUUACAAUCCACAACACGCAGCCAACAGCAUGCAUCAGAGAUCAGGUCAUAAUGUCAGGCCCAGCAAUAAGCCGUUCUUCUCCCAGCAACAAUUUCAAGGAUAUCAAAGACCCUCUUUUCAAGAACUAAAUCCUCAUGGCUCCCUGCAACAACAUAGAAGUCAAAUAGACAAACACUAUUGGAUCCCUUAAUCAUGAAAAAGUAUUUGGCAAGAAAAGAUAAUCUGUGGAAUUGAUCCUUAAAUUACACCGUUGCUGUUUGGAUAGAAUGCUUCCUGAGUUGCAUCCAAUUCUACAGUUGCCACCUCAUCAUUUAGUUGCCUUUUUGGAAGGAAGAGGAAACUGGAAACCUGAUACAUAUUUCCAACAGAAGGAUUCUGUUAAGGAUAUUCAAUUAAUUCACCCAAAAUGUUUUCUUCUUUUAUCAUUUGAGGAAAUAUCUUUAUAGAUAUUGCUGUUUAGAUAUUAAAUAAAAUUUAUUGUUUCUCAAUACAGUACAGUGUACUAAAAAUGUCUUCACAAGGAAGCUGGUUUUGUUCUUUUGAGGUUGAUUUCUACCUUUACUGAUGCAUGAGGUUCAAACUUGUAAAAGAUAUUCAAAGCUACAUUGUGAUUUAGAAAAAAUUCUCAGCCCUUUAGCAUUAGUUAUGUGGUCUGGUAUAACCUGGGAGGCAUCAGGUUGCUAAUCCCUGAUCCCAUUGGUAAGCUCUAUAGGGGUAGCUCUUUUGAAACUAAAAAUGUUAUUAUUCUUGAAUUAAUCAUGAGCGCCUAUAUGUAAUUGAAGUACAGUAGAUGGAAUUAUGAGAUGCAUUUCCUGCUGGGAGAAAAGGAGUGUGCUUAAGACUUAGAACUUGUGGUCUGGAAAAAGCAUUACCUGAAAUAUAGAUAAUACCAUUAAAAUAGAAUUUGCAGCCCUUCAUUGCAAUAGAAUACAUUGUAAUAGACAAACUUUAUUUUGGUAAUUGACCAGUAAAAGUAUGUUUAAUAAAAUGAACACCACAAAACUAUCUCUUAGCAACUAUUUGUGAGCAAAGCUUAUAUAUAAUGUAGCAAUAUUUUGAUAUUUUUAGAGAGAAAUUGUCCUGAAUUAUGGGUAUACUUUUAUACUAGGUGUUGCAGCAUCAAAGCAUGGUCUAAUAUUGAACAUCCUGUUAUAAACCCAGCCUAGUCAUCCCAUUGAAUGUUUUCAGUUUCAGAUAGUGCAAAUUAGAACUGACGGGGGCUUUUGGCCUUUGCCUUUUGGUUCAGUUUUUAGCCUUCUCAUGGGCCUGUG